UAUGAACGGAAUGCUCCACUGCCCUUUUUGAAUGAAACGCAGUCAGCGCGGUGGAGAAACUCCAGCCUGACAGACCGCGCCGAGGGCAACAACGCCCGCCCGGGGGGUAUCGGACUUCCUGCUUAGCUCCGCGUCGGGUUUCCCCGCAGAGCUUUUCAGGAUCUCGCGGUGGCAGAACCAGUCGGUGGGUGACGGCCUGUCCCGGCGCGCUAAUUAGCACAUGACACGGCGAAUUAACAUCUGGUCGAAACCGAGGCGGCGCAGAAAGGGGGAGGCCGGGCUGCGGACAGCGUCGCGCCGCAGAUCGGGCGGGUUAGCUGGGAUCGCGCUAGCAGACGGAGCGGCGCACGAGACACUCGUUUUUUUUUUUUUUUAAACUUCUCUCAAGGCUCCAAAAUACGCGAAGACUUCAGGGGACUUUUCUCCACAAACCCGGAGUGUGCGAGAUGGAGCCAUAUUCCAAAAUCCAAAACGUGUGGGAUUAGCAUACAAAAUAUGCGGGCCGGAUCCCCGGGCCUUGUAGGAUGAAGAGUCCGGCGCACCGCACCAGGGACAUCGAGAGGCAGGCUGGCUACCUGAGGCCCGAGCACUGCGCCCCUCCCCCGCCGCGCAACUCCUCCGGCACCAUGUGGUUCAUCCGCGACGGCUGCGGCAUCGUGUGCGGCGUCAUCACCUGGUUCCUGGUGCUCUACGCCGAGUUUGUGGUGGCGUUCGUCAUGCUGCUGCCCGGCAAGAACGUGGUGUACACCCUCUUCAACGGGGUGGUCUUCAACGGCCUCGCGUUCCUCGCGCUCGCCUCCCACGCCAAGGCCAUGUGCACGGACCCGGGCGCCGUGCCCAAAGGGAACGCUACCAAAGAAUUUAUCGAAAGCCUGCAGCUCAAACCCGGACAGGUGGUGUACAAGUGUCCCAAGUGCUGCAGCAUAAAGCCGGACAGAGCGCACCACUGCAGUGUGUGCAAACGCUGCAUCAAAAAGAUGGACCACCACUGUCCCUGGGUAAACAACUGUGUCGGAGAGAACAACCAGAAGUACUUUGUGCUCUUCACGAUGUACAUUUCACUAAUAUCCUGCCAUGCACUAAUCUUGGUGGCCCUUCAUUUUGUGUUCUGCUUUGAAGACGACUGGACUAAGUGCAGUAACUUCUCUGCGCCGGCCACGGCCAUCCUCCUCAUCCUCCUCUGCUUCGAGGCUCUCCUCUUUCUGAUCUUCACCGCGGUCAUGUUCGGGACUCAGGUCCACUCCAUCUGCAGCGACGAGACGGGCAUCGAACAGCUCAAGAAGGAGGAGCGACGCUGGGCCAAAAGGUCCAAAUGGAUGAAUCUGAAGGUGGUGUUCGGCCAUCCGUUCUCGAUAGCCUGGCUGAGUCCCUUCGCUACACCCGAUCACGGCAAAGCCGACUUGUACCAGUACGUCGUGUGAGGGCCGGACGUCCUGUCUGCCUCCGAUUGGCUGCACAUAGAGGAGCACGAACUCCUCUUAACCACUUCUACAUUUCUCUUUUGUUUUGGGAUAUUCUCUAUAUUUCAGGGUGCCCCCUUUGAAACCUACGGUGGUUAUAGAAGAAAAAAAGAACAAUAAUAGAUGAAAAAAAAAAAAAAACUAUGACAACCUUCCAACUUAGUUUCUUUUCUACUCCAUUGAUGACUGAGAUCAAGGUGCCGCUCUGCAAAGACAAGAGAAAACAUGUUCUCAAUAAGCUGAGAAAACCACGGAAUAAGAGUUGGAGAGUCUGAGGUCUUGGUGCAGUUUGUCGGGUCGUUGGCGCCUACCAAGACGAAACGAUGCCGACCUGAAGUCCAGAAGGUGUUUGCAGUCCGGGGGCCGAGAUGGACCCGUGGUUCUGUCUGUACGGGGUCCUCUUCAUUGGCUGUAUUAUAAGAAUCCUUUGCUGGGUGCUGCGGAUGAUUUGCCUUAGAACAGUGCUUCAGUAUUUUUAAAGGGCAUUUCUAUUAUUUUUGCCUUAAUGGGAGGACCAAGGUGGUUUAUUGCAUUAUUUUUGUUGUUGUCUUUCCUUAGUGCUGGAUAGAAUCUUAAAGUCUGGGUUGAUUUGGCAUCACCUGUGGUUACCAUGGGGAGGAUGGGGGGGGGGAGAGAAGUGCCAUUUAAUACCGACAGUUCCACUUAGACAAGCAGCCGAUGUCGACCUUGUUAACAAGACAAACUCCCAAUCAGCCCAUAAGUAACAUGCUGAAGAUGUAAAGACGUGGAAGGAAACCCAGUGAGCGAGGCCGAUGUCAACGAGGGGGGAGCUAAUGAUGGACUCCCCCACCAACCAAGAAAAACACUAUUCAUCCACAUCGAAAGCCUGACCAUAAGAACAGUCUUGAGGAUUAAACAGUGUCCUUCUCUCGACCUUUUGGACUCUUUCUCUUCCAACCGUUGGUAGAUCAGAGCCACCAGCUCCAGCAGAAAGUCGGGGGCUAAAAACGCUCCACGUUGCUCUGAACGCACUGCCAGGAAUUCACCGGCUCUCAGUUGAUAGAAUUUGCUUGUGGAUAAUCCAGUUUGUCAUAGAUUGUCGUUGUGAGCCUGACUGGAGGAAGAAAAAGCCUCACAGGAUAAAAUGCUGAUUGAUGGCCAGGGGAAAUAGUUUUUAGAGGCCUGAUGGCCCACAUUUAAAAUGCACAUUUUAACUGGAGAAUAUUGUACCUUUUACCAGUGACCAACACUAUAAAUGCCUUUUGCUCCAAUGUGUUCGAAAGCCUUACCGUAUUUUUAAAAUUGGUGUUUUGGAGAUGAUUAAAGGACAUAUUUGAACAUAUGUUGCCAAAUUUACUGCUGAUUGAAGGCAAUGAAUCUCCCAUUUGAAGAGUUGACCACAAUCAAGUGCAACGUUUUCUUGGGCUUUUAACAUUAAUGGAGUUUAACCUUUUUGUGUCGAUAUGAAGAUGAUUUACACUUCACCAGCUUUCUUAAUUUCUUGAAUUGUUUAAUAUAUAUUUUGCUGUCCGGUAUGAUUACUAUUUGUAGUACUUACAAUGGACUGUGGUGUUUGUUUAAAGGGGAAUUAAAUAAAACUAUGUGACGUUU